UUAUGGAUGUAUUUUUUAGCGGAACCGAUAUAACUAAUAUUAGUGAUCAAGAACUUAUGAAAUGGGCUCAAUCACAUGGUGAUGCUGGAAUUUUAUAUAUUACAAGAAGAUUAAAUUCAAA